AUGUUGGUUUCUGAGAAGGCUGGUUAUUGGGUUCAGACAAGAACAGGAGGAAAGAAUCAAUCGUUGUUUAAGGAAGUGAAGCUUAGUAGUGGAGAUAAAUACAAGGCUUGGAUUGAGUAUAAGAGAAGUACGGUUACUGUUACGCUUGCACCUGCGCAUCUAAAGAAACCAAAGAGGCCAUUGAUUGAAACACAAGUCAAUCUCUCUGAGGUUGUUCUUGAGAGAAUGUAUACCGGUUUUGCUGGUUCCAUGGGUCGUGGUGUGGAGCGUCACGACAUUUGGAGCUGGACUUUCGAGAACACUGCCAAAAACAGCUAA